GAUCAUAAUCCAAACCUAGAAAUGUAAAAUUCUCGUAACCAAACACAGUCUUUCUUCUUUUUUAUCGCCCUUCCUAACCGAAAACCCUUCAAUUCUCUAACCAACAAAACCCUAGGAGCACCCCCUGCGACAAGGAGCUAAAUAGCCCGCGGCUGCUUCUCAGAGGCAGAAACAGAGAGAGAUGGCGAAGUCGUUGAGAUCGAAGAGAGAGAAGAGGCUGAAGGCUAUAAGGAGAGAGAUUGUGAAACCCUUAUACGACAAGAAGGACGAAGCUAAGCUCGCCGCUCAAGAGGCCGCCCUUGCUGCCCCCAAGCUUCCCGUACGCCUCCACAAAUCUGCGAAUUCCAUGGACUUGAUCGCACCCGAGGCUGCCGCCAACGCCACCACCACCACCACUAGCUCUAAUAACAUGGAUAUGGAGAUGGCGGAGGACAGUCAGAGCAUGCAGUCCUUAAAACCUGUUGCUAAAAUAGGAAAGAGGAUGAGAAAGAAAAUCAAGAUGGCUAAAAGGAACUAUCGUGGUAAGGGCAAGAUCAGGAAGAAGCACAACGUUUAACCGCGUAAAGCAAUAAUUGCUGGCAUUGACUUAUCCUCUGUCCUAUAGCUGUUAGCUUGGUGACAGCAACAUUUUGUUACGAGUCCCUGGCAGUUAUGAGUCCCAUGCUUGGUCUAGUUCUGUUAGUUUUUCUGUUGUCAUGUCAGUUAUAUGUCGGUUGGCCUAUAUCUUAGGCUUUUCAAAUCUCAGAGUUGCCAUGUGGGCUUUUACUGCUUUAGGUUUAUGGUUUCAAAACAGCAGUGUAUGAUGUUCUCUAAUGCUAUUACAUCCCUUCUACUCUUUCUUGUUACA